AUGGCAUCAUCACAAAUACGCCAAUUUGCUACUUUGAUAGAUCAGUUACCCUGUGAAGCUGAUGAUUUUAAUUUAAUGGAAAAGUUUGAAGAUUACAGUAAGUGCUUUGAAAAUUCUUUUCAUAAUAGCAAUUUAAAAAAUUCAAAUUCAUUUUUUCCAUUUAAUUCAAAUUUGAAUGAUUAUAUAAACAAUAUAUCUAGUUCUCAAUCGAAUUUAAAUUAUAAUAAUAUAAAUCAAAACGAUUCUUCAAAUUCUUCAUUUAAUGAAAAUGGAAAGAAAAAUUUAUUUUCAGAAAAUUCUAAUUCACAAAAAAAAAACAGUGAGCAUGAAAAUUUAAAAAAUUUUAAUGUGAGUUAUGUAAAUAAAAGUGAAUCUAAUUCAUGCACCAAUAACGAACCACCUAAAAAUAUUAAUAUAACAACUAAUUUUGAUGAAAAUAAUUUAAAUAUAAAUAAAAAUCAGAAUGAUACUAGCAAUGAUAAUAAUUCUAAUUCCUCAUUUUCUCUUGUUAAUGAUUUACAAAACUAUGAAAAAAACAAUUACAUGGAAAAAUUAAAGAAUGAAAUUGAAGACACAAUGUGCAAAUAUUUAACAAAUAAGAAAAAUUCUUUAUAUAAUAAUAAUUUUAGUGAAAUUAUUAAUCAUAAUAAUGAAUACCUGACAGAUGCAAAAUUUUCCAAUAAUAAUAAAAGUAAUGAUAAUAUUUCACUAUACAAUUUAAAUAAUCAUGUUAAUGAUGAGUCAAGUACAAAUAAAGGAGAAAAUAUUGUUUACAGGUAUAACAUUAAUACACCUUUAAAAAGUGUGAAUUAUAAUAAUAAAAAGAAUAAUGUGGAAAAUUUAAAAGCAAGUUCAUACAUAAAUAAUAAUGAAGAAAAUCGUGUAAAUGAACUAUUAUACGAGUAUAAAAAAAAUGUCAAUUCAGGAGAAAUAAAUAAGGAAAGUACAUCGAAUGUCUUGUAUAUGAGUGAAAACUUUGGAAAUAAUGAAGAAAAUAAUAUGAGCAUCAGUGACAACAAUUUAAAUAAUGAUAAAAUAAAUAAUAAUAGAAAAUUAUUAAAUAAGAAUAUAAAUUUAAAAUAUCCCCCUAAUGAAAAUUCAAUAACUUCUGAUUAUAGAGAACUUCAUAGCAUGUUAAAAAAAAAUGAUAAUUUUAAUAAAAAUAUCUUAUUAACCAAAAAGGCGAAAGUUAUUAAAUUAGAUUCAAAUAAAUCAUUAAUUAUAUUCCCAGUAAAUAUUCAUGAAUAUGGAGAAAAAUAUAUUGCUGUCAACCAAAAAGAUCUUCUUGAAUAUAUUUCAUCUUCAAUUGAAUUUGAUAAUGAAGAUAUUUCUUCAUUAAAAAUAAAAAUUUAUCAAAAAGAAAAAGAAUUGCAGAACAUUAAAGCUGCUUAUAGUAUGCAAACAACAAAUAUACAUUAUUUGAUUAAUAGGGUUAUAUUUAAGGAGUGUGAAUAUGAGCAAUUAAAACAUAAAAGUUUUACUUUAGAACAUGAGAUAAAUAAAUUAAUUCAAGAAAUUAAUUCACUUAUUAAUCAAAAUAAAGAAGGAAUAUAUAUGCAAAAGAUUUUUAUAGACUAUAAAUGCAUGUGUGUAUUAAAAUUACAAGAAUUGCAACCGUUGCUAGGUGCAUAUUACUUUGAUAUUUUUCAUUAUAUAACUUCAUGCAGAACAUUAGGACAAUUGAGUAUAUGGAUUCCUGCAUUUGAAAUAAAAAAUGACUCAUUAGAAUCUAUUGCUAAUCAUUUAAUAAAAAUUUUAUUAAAUGGAUUAGGUGCACCUUUUAAUACAUCCCCCCAAUAUUUUUUAUAUAACAAGCAUUUCCUAAAAAAAUCCAUAUCAAUGGAAUCAGAAGAUACAUUUUUAAAUAAUUUAGCAAAAAGAAAAAUUAUCGAUAAUUAUUUAGUAAAUAAUUUUAAUAGUUUUAAUACAACAAAGGAAAAUAAUUCACACCUAUCUAAUUGCCAAUCUUUAUCAAUGAAUAGUGAAUCUUCUUCUAUUAUGGGAACAGAAGAAUUAUUUUUUAAUUCUUCUAAAUUUCCCUCUAUGCAUUCGGUUAUUUUAAAGAAUAAUAAAAAUAAUAAAAAAAAAGAAAAAUUAUAUAAUGAACUUAAUAGGUCUAACACAACACAUGAACUCCUUUGUAUCUAUAAUGAAUCAUAUAACCACAAUGAUACUUUUAGUAGUAAAAAUAAUAGAGAAGCAUUUAUUUGUAAUAAUCAGAGUGAGCAAAAAUUCGAUAAUUUAAUAGCGGAUAAAGAAAAUAUUAAAAAGAGAAAAAAACCAAUAGUAGAUGAUGGAGAGAAAGAAAACGAAAAAAUUAUAUGCCCUAAUAAAGCAUUGAAAAAAAGGAACAUUGAAAAUGAUCAAGAAAAAAUAGAAAAAGAAGGAGAUUGUAAUGAAAUGAAUAAUAAAUUAAAGGAAACACAACAAUCAAAAGAAUAUUAUGAAGAAAUAAAGCUUAAAGAAAUACUGAAGGAGAAUCAAAUUUCAUUUGAAAAUCAAAUGGAAAAAAAUUUGGGUAGAGAAAAAAGUGAAAAUACAGAAAAAAAAAAAAAAAGCGAAAAAGAUAAUAAAAUAGAUGAAGUAAAUGACAUUUUGGAAAAUGAAAAUAAUAACGAAAACAAUAUUAAUGAGAUAUAUAAUAGUAUUAUAAAGAAAGAAAAAAAGGCAAAUAAAGAAAAAGAAAAAAGGAAAAGUAAAGAAUAUACUACUAUAGAUGAAAAAGAAACAAUUACAGAAAUCAAAAGUUUGGACGAAAUUAAUGCAGAAAAAAUAAUUAAUGGAAAAAAAAUAACAGAAAAAAAAUCCAAGAAAGAAGCAAAUAUAGAAAAAGACAUGAAUAAAAAAAAAAGUAUAGAAAUAGAAAUUGGGGAAAAAAAAAGUAUAGAACAUGAAUUAGGUAAAAAAAAAAAUAUAGAAUAUGAUAAAAUUAAAAGAAUUAAAAUAGAGCAAAUGGAAUUAGUAAAAAAAAGUACAGAACAGGAAUCAUUCAAAAAAAAUAAAAUAGAUCAACAGGAAUUAUUUAAAAAAAAAAAUACAGAAGAAAAAGAUAAAGAAAAGUACUAUGAAUCAAAAAAUAUUAAGGAAAAAGAAAAGCAAAAUGAAAGUUUAAAGGAUAAGUACAUAAAUAAAAAUAAUAAAAAAAGCAAUGAUUUUAACAAGCAGAAAAAUUUCAAAAAAGAGUUAGAUAAUAUAAUUGAAGAAAAAAAUGAAUCAAAAAAGAAAAAAAAAUGCAAAACUAAGCUAAAAAAAAAUUAA